AUGACUCCCUCACAGAAAGCACGGUAUGGAUGCGAAGGGGGGCGUAACGCUAAAUUAAGAUUGUCAGGUCCUUCUGUACCCAUGUCGAAACGUCCAGUUGGGGUCCCCCAGCCCUGGCCCAUUCACCCUCAUCCUGCAGAACAUGCUCGCAGGUCCCACUUUCUUCCUCCACAUCCUCCUCUCCUCCCCCUAUUCCACACCCGGCAUGCAGAGGAGAGCGCUGAGCGGCCUCAUCUGGUCACCAUUGUCCGCCCAUGUAGCCAAAGCACACUACGGAAGGUAACAGUAUUGUUGAACCGCAGGGGUGUGGUGUCCUUUGAGCAACUGCUGUUGGAUAUCUCGGAGGCACUGGGAUUUCCUCGCUGGCACAGAGCCAGAGUCACACGUCUUUACACAACUCAUGCACGAGAGGUUAAGGGUGUGUGUGAUUUUUUCCGAGGGGAGGUCGCCUUCCUGGCUCUUGGUAAGGCUCGUCCUGAGUUGAGCAGUGUGCAGGAAGCUUUGGAGGAAUUAUUUCCAGAACAUUCACAUUACCGAUCAAGUGCGCUGCGGGCCUGGGAGAAGAGACUAAGGCCACCGCCAGAUAAAGCAGCCAAGGCUGACAGUGGGUACAGCGAAGGGACCGACAGCAGUGGGACUAACCAAGAGACAUGCCAAGACACAAAUACACAUGCCAAGCCUUAUACUAAUACUCACACAUCUCAACAUACAGACACACAUGAGGCAGACAAAUAUAAUUCUGACACACAGAAGUCUCAUAAAAAGAAUUCAUGCAGAAAAUCUGUUCACCUUCCCAACCACCUGCAGAAGCUAAAUGUGAGGGGAGGAGUCAGAGUGCAUCAGCCUUCUCUGAUUGAUCCUUUUAAACAUGAAGAGGUUCCAAGAAAUGCAGACAUACCAUCUCCUACACUUUGUGAAAACUGCUUAGCGAGAAGACUUAAACAUCAGAGUCCACAGCCGAUCAGUGUGCUAUCAGCGAGGGUCCCACUUCCUCCUGUGUCAAAGAAGCAAAAAGAGCAGGAGGCAAAAAAGCCGGAUAUUUAUAACAACCAUUCAUCUCCUCGACCAAUCAGCAGAGAUGAGGAGAAGAGCCGUAUUCAAAUACGGCUUUUAAGUGCAGCUCCAGAUAUUGGUGAAGCUCUUAAAGAAUCACAGAAUAAAGAAACCUCUAACCCCCACACCGAUGGCAGAGACGUCACCCUGACAGACAUCGAGCAAUGCUACGAAUUUGGACGUGUGGUUGGAGAUGGGAACUUUGCGGUGGUGCGAGAGUGCUGCCGUCGUGACAAUGGUCAAACCCUCGCCAUCAAAAUAGUAGAGCGGGCCAAACUGAUUGGUCGAGAGCACAUGAUGCAGAAUGAGCUGAGUCUCCUGGGGAGUCUGCGUCACCCUCGCAUAGUGAGGCUGUUCGCUCACCACCACACAAACACUCACUCCUAUCUGGUGAUGGAGAUGGUGAGUGGAGGGGAUCUGUUUGAGGCCAUCAGUGACCGGGGAAAGUUUUCAGAAUCAGAGGCAGGACUGAUGGUGUCAGAUGUGAGUGAAGCUCUGAAUUAUAUCCACUGCAAGAGCAUCGUCCACAGAGACCUCAAGCCAGAGAACCUCCUGAUAGAGCAAGUCGCUGCUGGCAUCUGCAGGCUGAAGCUGGGAGACUUUGGUCUUGCCAUGGUUGUAACUGAGCCAGUCUUCACCAUAUGUGGCACACCCACAUAUGUAGCCCCAGAGAUCCUCUGUGAGACAGGUUAUGGUGUAGCAGUGGAUGUUUGGGCUCUGGGUGUGAUUCUCUAUAUCCUGGUGUGUGGCUUCCCCCCAUUUCGCAGUCGUGAUCGUGACCAGGUAGAGCUGUUCCAGCUAAUAAAGCAGGCACAGCUUAAUUUUCCAUCCCCCUACUGGGACCCCAUAUCAGAGGAAGCGAGAGGCCUCAUCCGAGCUCUCCUUCAGCCGGACCCCACCGUGAGGCUGACAGCAGAGCAGACCCUCCUGCAUCCCUGGGUAAAAGCAAUGGCUUCAACUUGCAAGCAGAGGGCGCUCACAGACAAAACUCCAAGAGACCUAGAAGCCACUGAAGGAAAACCAGAAACAGUCCAGAAACCACCUAAAACAAACACAACAGAAUCACUGACAGACAAAACAAGAAAACACGCCAUCAAUGAGGAGAACGCACUGAAGGAGCUCGGCAGACAGGAUGAGAGACAAACAGCAAUGAGCAGUGGAAGAGGACAGGAUAAGAACAAACCAGCAGAGCAACAUUUAGUGGAGGCAAGCCACUUAUCCCCACAGGACAGAGAGCACACACCCACAGAGGCCUCGACUGGUCAACAUAAACCAGAGGCUGCCUCUACAGAUAGACGAGAAACACAGUGUCCAAGUCCAAAGCUGCUGAACUCUAAAUUCAAUCACCUUGAUUCCCCCACAGCAGCUGAAACUGAACUUCUACCACAGAUUAAGACACAAGCAAAACAGACCAGAAUGCAGACACCUACAGGUUCUACACCUCCAACCAACCCAUCCUCCACCCCUGCUUCCUCUCUGCAUCAACAGAACUUAACUUCUGCACCGCAAAACCAUAACAAACCAGACGCACAUGCCACCACCAUCGCCCACCCUCCACCUCUGUCCUGA